UAUGGCAAAAUGUGAUUGGUGGGAGGAUGAAGUCGCAGCUAGAGACUGGUCAGAGGUGAUCCCUGCUGCGUUUCCACGUUUCUCUCACUCUUCCACCAGGAGCCUAGGGUUUAGAAAAUAUCAGAAAUCGAAAUCUACAUUUGAUUUUACGGUUCAAUUUGAGAAAAAUUUGGGGGAAAAAUAAACAAUUGGGCGAAGAAAUGGAAUCGCCCGAUCUCACAGCUCUUGAGAACCGUCCCGGCAUCUUCAUGAUCGGAUCCUCCAACGUCGGCAAACGCGCUCUUCUCUCCCGAUUACUGUCUGUGGAUUUCGAAGAUGCUUCUGAUUCAUCAUUUGAAGUACUCUCGCAUGGUUGGACUAUCAAUACAAAGUAUUACACAGCAGACGUUUCUGUAUGGAUGGCUCAUCUUCAUGAUAAAUUCUCCAUCCGGACCCUCCCAGUUUAUAGCCGCCUGGCUGCCUUAGUGAUGGUCGUUGACUUGAGUGAUUUAUCAUCUCUCGUUGCACUUCAGAAUUGGGUAUCUCGUACUGAUAUUCAGAGGUUUGAAAUAUUAUUAUGCAUUGGAAACAAAGUGGAUCUCAUUCCAGGUCAUCCAGUUCAUGCUGAAUACAGAAAACGCCUGGAGAAACUUGAAGAUUAUUCUGCUGAUCCUCAUUCAGAAUUCUAUGAGUUUGGGAUUUCUGAAACUGAAGGAAGUAGUCUUUUGGGUGGUGAGGAUCCUGCAAUGGAGAUCAGGAAGUCUUGUCUUGAGUGGUGCACUGAGCACAACAUCGAGUACAUUGAAGCCUGUGCCUCCAAUGCUGAUUUUGACAAAUGUUUAUCAACUGAUGGUGAUUCACAAGGAGUUGAGCGUCUCUUUGGUGCGCUUUCUGUUCAUAUGUGGCCUGGAUUGAUCCUAAAAUCUGGGAAUAGCAUAACUGUGCCAACAUUACGUGAUAAAGAAGAGUUAUCAGAAGAAGAGUCUGAUUAUGAAUUUGAAUAUGAACUUCUAUCUGUUGGUUCAGCUGAACCAUUGGACGACACAAAUGGGGGAUGGGUCUCUGCAAAUGGUACUAGUUCUGCAUCAGAUAUGGCAGGACCUGUUGAUCAGAAUAAUCAUAUUACAGAACAUGAUGGAGAUAAUUGGGAAAAGUUUGACAAUGAAAAGCUGCAGCCCUCAACAUCGAUGGUAGAGUUGCAGGAUAAUAAGGGAGUGGUGCCCAAACUAGCAGAUCCUAGCAAGAACACUGAAAUAAAUGAGGUCACACCUUUUGACUUUGAGGAUAUAGAGCACUUAAUGUCUGAGAUUGGAAAUAUACGCGACAACUUGAGGUUUAUGCCUGAUUUUCAAAGGAGAGAAAUGGCUGCAGAACUGACCAUGAAAAUGGCUACGAUGUUUGGUGGCGGUAGUGAUGAUGAAGAUGCGUUUGAUUGAUAAAAACGGAAAUCAGUAUGACAGUCAAAUGGAUUAAUAAUCUUUAUAGCCCUCAAAACCCAGUCAAUAAUUUUAGAUGGCAGUGAUAACUUCAAUCUUCAACCAGGGCAAAAGUGAUGAGCUUGUGGAAAUUGUAAGUUAUGUCACCAAGUUCUUCUGUUUAACUGAAGUGGUUUGAUGAGGAAGGAUGCAUGUUGUUUUGUGCAUGAUCAGUUACACUGGAGAUGCCAAUUGCGAAAAACUUGAGCAUGUGUUGUUAAUGGCGGAAAUAUUAGCUGCUUUUGCAUAUGGAACAGAUUCGUUAUGCUCGUUUUUGUUUGCAUAGUCAAAUUAACUGACUAUGCACUGUGUUAGCUACAAGCGAGUGACGUGGUGCUGGAUUUCUUUUACUGGGUUUGCUAACUGUGUAUGAUAUUUAUGAUUCAGUGCGCAUGUUGGGUGCUUUUCAGGUUGGACUUUUAUUGACUGAAGAAAGCUCAGCUGAAGUAACUGAUUUCUGGUAUCUUGGAUUUACAUUUGCAUAUCUUACCUAGAGCAACGGGGAUUUAUUAUAUUAGGGACUGCACUUUAGUUUGAAAGUUGCCUUUACUUUUUACCCCCUUUCAAAUGAAAAGACAGCCUGUCACAGAGACUGGCAAUUUGCAGGAGAAGAUGAUAUGUUGAGAUGGGUUAGUUUAUGGGCAAGGUUGGCAAAUUAGCACUAAACGGAAUCAUCAAUGGUUAAAAAAAGCCACGAGAUACAUGCUGAAGGGGACUAGCACAACGGAAUUCCCUUUAUGACUAUAUUAAGUUAUACUUUUGACAUUUCACGCUGAUGUACGUCCUUUUAAUGCUGUUCUAAUCAUGCUCAAUUGGGACCUAAAAGGGGCGAAAAAUAUCGGCUGGUAAAUAAGAUAUUUGGUAGAUUUUUUUUUUGCUA